CCGUGUUUUUCCGGAACCAUUUCCACCCGUUCCUUUUCCAAGCUCGUUCUAUUUCUCCCUCCGGUAAUGAGUCCUGUAUGUUUGUUUGAUGAGGAGUGAGGUGGAAAGAAAUGUGGUCCUUUUUCGCCAGGGAUCCAGUCAAAGACUUCGCUUAUGAAAUUAUUCCAGACAGCCAAGAUAAGUCUGGAAUAUGGUCGCUCCACCGGGGGAAGCGAAAGUCCAAUGCAGAGCCGGUGUCAGUGUUCGUGUACGAAGUGGCUCAAGGAUUGGAGCAGCAGACUCAACUGGCAAAGGCAGCCUUCAAGCGGAUGAAAACACUUCGCCACCCUAACAUCCUGGCCUAUGUUGACGGCUUAGAGACAGAGAAAAGCCUAUACCUUGUGACAGAACAGGUAAUGCCCUUGGCCGUUCACUUGAAAGAUGGUCCUAGUGAACUUGAGGUUUCCUGGGGUCUACAUCAGAUUGUGAAAGCUCUAAGUUUCUUAAUAAACGAUUGCCACCUACUCCAUAACAACUUGGGCUUGUGGGCCAUCUUUGUUGAUCGAGCUGGAGAGUGGAAGCUGGGCUCCCUCGACCAUGUUACCCCGGAACAGGGUGACCCGAGCGGGGCCUUGCUCCCUGAUCCGAAGGCAUUUUACCCAGGCAUGGAGAAGUAUGACCCGCCAGAGACACCUAAAUGCAGUGGAGAGAAAUGGGCUGGGGAAGUGUGGCGGUUGGGCUGUCUGAUCUGGGAAGUGUUUAACGGGCCACUUCCCCGAACAUCCUCACUCCGUUCACUGGGGAAGAUCCCCAAAGCCCUGGUUCCUCAUUACUGUGAGUUGGUCGGUGCCAAUCCACGGGUUCGGCCCAAUCCACGCUGCUUCCUCCAGAACUGCAGAAGCCCCGGAGGGUUCCUCAGUAACAGCUUUGUGGAGAGCAACCUCUUCCUGGAGGAGAUCCAGAUCAAGGAACCAGCAGAGAAGCAGCAAUUCUUCCAGGAUCUGAGUGACAACCUGGACUCUUUCCCAGAGGACUUCUGUAAACACAAGGUCCUGCCUCAACUGCUCACUGCCUUUGAGUUUGGGAAUGCAGGUGCUGUGGUCCUCACUCCACUUUUCAAGGUGGGGAAGUUCUUGUCUGCUGAAGAAUACCAACAGAAGAUCAUCCCUGUCAUCGUGAAGAUGUUUUCCUCUACAGACAGAGCUAUGAGGAUACGACUGCUCCAGCAGAUGGAGCAGUUCAUUCAAUAUCUUAAUGAAGCAGCAGUGAAUUCCCAGAUCUUCCCUCAUGUUGUUCACGGCUUUACCGACACCAACCCUGCCAUCAGAGAGCAGACUGUUAAGUCAAUGUUGCUGCUGGCUCCCAAACUCAAUGAGUCUAACUUGAACCAAGAGCUCAUGCGCCAUUUUGCCAGGCUGCAGGCCAGGGAUGAGCAGGGCCCUAUCCGAUGCAACACCACUGUCUGCCUCGGAAAGAUCGCCUCCUAUCUCAAUGCCGGGACACGACAGCGAGUUCUGAUUUCUGCAUUCUCACGAGCCACAAAAGACCCCUUUGCAGCAUCGCGUUCUGCUGGUGUGCUCGGCUUCGCUGCCACACACCACUACUACAGCCUAACAGAGGUUGCUGCCCGAAUCUUGCCUACGCUUUGUGCUAUUACUGUCGACCCUGACAAGAGCGUCAGGGAGCAGGCUUUCAAAGCUAUCAAGAGUUUCAUCUCCAAGCUGGAAACUGUAUCAGAAGAUCCUACCAAGCUGGCUGAGAUGGAGAAAGAUGUUGGGUCAUCUUCGCAGCCACCCGGCACCUCUUCUGGCUGGACCGGCUGGGCUGUGACCGGUAUGUCCUCAUUGACAUCAAAGUUGAUACGGAACGCACCAGGGACAAUGGGAGGUGAGACAGCUGAGAGCAGUGGGGCUUCAAAUGCCACCAGCGUGACUCCCACCGACACCAAUGUUUGUCCUGGUUCUCGAGAAAAAAAUCCACACACCUACCUGACCCCUAGUUCUAAUGCCUCAAGCCCUGUGGACCGGUCACAUACUCUUGAAGGGACGGAUAAUGAUGAGGACCCAGAAGAACGUUGGGAUGAUGAGGAAGAUUGGGGAAGUUUAGAGGACUCAGAGAAAUGUCGAGCUGAGAAGGAUGACUGGAAUACUGAUUGGUCAGGGAUAAAAUCAUCCAAAAAGAACCCCAGUGAACAAGGCGCGGCCAGUUCAUCAUCCACCAUGGGGAUGAAAAAGCAAAGCUCGGACUGGAGCAGUUCGGGCUGGGAUGCCGACGACAGCUGGUCCAACGAGAAAGAGGGCCAGUGCCAGAGUUCAGCCGGUGAGGAGGGUUGGGACAACGAAUGGGCUGAGGAGGAGAGUCACGUCGUCAGUCGCGCCCUGCCUGAGGGGGUCCGUUUGGCCAGCGAGUACAACUGGGACAGCAAAGGAGCCAGUCAGAGUGACCUCUUUGCUUGUGUGGCACAGAGAAACACAGCUGCCCCCAUGGGUGAUGCUGGCUGGAAUGCAGACGCAACAGAAGACUGGGGCACUGAAGAAACUUGGGAAGCGUUAGAUGGAAAUCAAGGUUUCAGCAAGGCCGAGCUGUCCAAGAAGAAACGAGAGGAACGAAGGAAAGAGCUGGAGGCCAAACGGGCGGAGCGCAAGGCGGCCAAAGGUCCCCUCAAGCUAGGUGCACGCAAACUGGACUAAUGGUGUGUUUCACGCGGUACGACCAUGUCCUGCAUUGCCUCAGCGAAGGCCACGAUAUGGAAGCUCCACAUUCCGAAUGACAUGCCACCGACGAAAAUGGAAACUUCUUUUUGGACUGUCACUCACUUGGACCACGUAGCUUUGGAUUUUUUGCUGAUCAUCACAGAGAUUGACACCGCAGCAAUCUCUUGUUUAUCUUGCAUUGUAUUAUUAAAUGGGAGCAGAUAGCAACAGGAAUUCAUGACAAUAUUCAUGUUUGCGCUUCAUAAAACAGUUGUAAAGUAAAUGUAUAUAAAGUGAUCAAAUACUAAUGUAAUUAUAGAUAAAUAUACACACACACACUCGCAGAGGGGCAAAAAGGUAUUAUUAGGUCAGCCACCAAUUGUGCACGUUUCACCAUUUAAAAAGAUGAGAGAAGCCUGUAAUUUUCAUUACAGGUAAACCUCCCUUAUUGAGACAAAAUGUGUGUGUGUGGGGGGGGGGGAAUCCAGAUAAUUCCCAACACGUCUGUAGGUUGCAGAUGGCCACAAAGUUUGCAAUAGCGAAAAUUAAGUUGAUGGCAGAAAGGGCACAGACAGAAAAGCGUGGAGCUGCGCACCUUUUUUGACUUAGAGACUUUUCUGACUUAGAAUAUAUAUUUAGUGAGGCCGAUCAAUAACUUUUAUGAACAGGGACAAUUGACACGAAGACACAUGACAGGUUACAGUACAUUAAAGGUGUCGAACAGAUUUCUUGCACGCAACAGAAAGAGCAGCAGCAACACACAAACAGAUUAGAAAUGUUUGUUUGUUCCUCCUCAAUUUCUGAGGAAGGCUUAAUGUUAAGAUGGAGAAAUUCAAGAAUCAGACUUGUCCCCCUUCCUUUUUAAAACUGUAAUUCUGUAUUUCCAGUGGAACCACAUGGUCAUUUUUAUAGUUUUUUUAUGAAUACUUUUUUUUUUUUUUUACACUGCUCACUUUGCUCCAGUUUCGAAGGAGGUUCACCUCUGUGUUUCUUUUUUUGUGUGCCUUCUUUUACGUUGUUGGACAAGACUGUUGGCUCACAUCCCAGUUUUCAAAUGACAAACUGUCACAUUCCAUCAAAAGUGAGUUAAAAAAAAUAAAUUCUGCUGGAGGAUUUAACUUCAGGCUGA